UUCCGUUGUCCACAUACACUCACGCUAUCACUCCAUCCCAGCUCUGACGCACCCCGUUAUGGAUAGCACUCUCCACAUCCAUCCUACUAUCAAAUACCACUAAGACACUUUAAAUAAUCCUUUCUGGAUAUACCACAUGCAGCCAGUUGCCUCCAAUGACCACGCCGUAAAUCUUUCCGCAAGUGCCCCUUGCGACGCAGAUCGUGCACUCCUUCCUACCACUCCACAGACUACCCUGACCUCCUCCAACGACGCUGAUGCCGGUACCGCCGUCACUGCCACAGCAGACGUCGAUGUGGACUCCUUGAACUCACUCGAGAAGGGCGGGUCCCCGGUCCGGUCCGGUCUUCCAUCCAGUGAAUCAUUACAUGAUGCCACCGUGCCCUCCACCAUCAAGAAGCCCUUCCUCUACUGGCUGCGCACAUCCAAGCACUUCAUCACUAUCACCAUUCUCCUGGCGCUCUUCACCGACAUGGUCACUUACGGUAUUAUCAUUCCCAUCAUGCCCUCGAUCAUCGCUGACAUGCAUGGCGACUCCACCUUGACCGGCGUCCUCGUCGCCGUCUAUGCCGCCGGUAUCAUGUCCGCCUCUCCGAUCUUUGGUGUCCUCUCCGAUAAGAUGGCCUCUCGUCGCCUCCCCAUGAUGAUAGGCCUCUCUGGCAUGUUGAUCGCUACCAUCAUCUUUAUGUUCGCCAAGGUCUACUGGCUCCUCGUCAUCGCCCGUUUCUUCCAGGGCGUCUCUGGUGGUGCUGUCUGGACACUCGGCCUUGCCCUCAUGACCGACUCUUUCCCCGCCAACGAGAUGGGUGUUCAGAUGGGCAAGUCGCUCAUCGGCCACACCAUGGGUCUUCUGGGCGGCCCUCCCAUCGGCGGCCUCCUCCACGAUGCCUUUGGUGCCCGCGCUCCGUUCUAUUUCUGCAUCGCCUUUGCAGCCCUUGUCAUCUUCCUGCUCUCUAUCCUGAUCGAGGUCCGUGCGGACGAAGUCCUCGAGAUCCGUCGCUACGAAUGCGAGAUCCGCGAACGUGACAUUGCCAACGGAAUCCCAGUUGAGGAGGCCCGUCAUACCUCGCUCUGGAAACUAAUCACGACCAAGCGUAUGAUCGCCGCCGUUGCUGUCACUACCCUCGAGGCCUUUGAUCUCUCCUCACUCGAGCCCACGCUGCCAUACUAUCUCCGAGAUCGCUUCAGUAUGACUGAGGGUCAGAUCGGUCUUGUCUUUAUCGCGUUCACGAUGCCGACCAUUUGUUCUCCCUUGGCUGGUUGGUUCUCGGACCGAUACGGCGCCAAGUACCUAUGUUCCUCUGCAGUUUUCAUCUGUGGCUGUUUCAUGCUCAUCCUCAGCAUCGAGGGCAAACCCCUUUGGGCGAUCAUCCUCACCCUGAUUGGUAUCGGUCUUUCGACAUCCAGUUUCAUUGCCCCGAUUUUGGGCGAAAUCUCUGCGGUGGUACGACAUACGGGCGACAAGGCUGCUUUUGCAAGAGCGUUUGCCAUCUUCAACAUUGCCUUCAGCUUUGGAAUGCUGAUUGGACCGAUCUUGGCAGGAGUUAUCUACCAGCGACAUGGCUUCCGCUGGAACUGUAUUACAACAGCCUGUGUCCUGUUCUCUUUUGUGCCCAUGAUGCUCCUUUGGAUGGGUGAUCGCAAUGCCAAGAUGGAGGACGUGGCGAUGUAUGAGCGCGAGAUGGAGGAGCACAAGAGGAUGCUACAGGAAAUUGAGAUCAUUAAGGCCGAGAAGAAGGCUGCCGAGGAGCUGAACGCCAACACUCUUGUUUAGAACCUUUGAUUGUUUGAUUGCAAACGCAAGCGACUCUGAUUCUCUAAUUGUUACAGCAGGACGUUUUGAAUAAAG